AUACGCUUGGAGGUAAUUUGCAUUGAACUAACAACACUUCCAAAUUGCUUUGGAUUCAUUUGCUUUUUUUUUAUCUUAUUUGCAAUGGAGGGGACGCUUUUCUUGGGACAAUACUUGAUAUGGAUGAUGAUACUGUUGGCACAGCUACAUGGAUACAAAAGCUGUAUUCAGAAAGAAAGGACUGCUUUAUUGGAGCUCAAGAAAUACCUGAUCUCAACAAGUAGAGAAGGGGCCUUCGACCAUGUUCUCACUACUUGGACUAAUGACAGAAACAUCAAUUGUUGCCACUGGAAGGAAAUUAAGUGCAAUCUUACAAGCGGACGGGUGACCAGGAUUGCCUUUGGUAAUUUGUAUCUCAAAGAGAGUACUCUCCUAAAUCUUUCUUUGCUCCAUCCCUUUGAAGAAGUUCAAAGUCUGAACUUAUCUGGAUCCAAUAUCAAUGGCUUGUUUGAUGAUGUUGAAGGGGUUUGCGAACUGAAGAAUAUGCAAGAGCUAUAUCUUAGUUACAAUUAUCUAGGUCAGUUUCCUCUAUGUUUAACUAGCUUGACUGGACUUCGAGUUCUUGAUCUCUCCUCGAACCAAUUGACUGGGAAGCUACCUUCUGCUCUCGCUAACCUUGAAUCUCUUGAAUACUUAUCUUUGUUUGAUAACAACUUCGAAGGCCACUUUUCUCUUGGUUGGCUCGCCAACCUCUCAAAGCUUACGGUGUUCAAGCUUUCUUCAAAAGCUAACUCACUUCAAGUAGAGUCUGAAAGUUCUUGGAAGCCGAAAUUUCAGCUGAGUUUUAUUGUGCUACGGUCUUGCAAUAUGGAGAAGGUUCCUCAUUUUCUCCUACACCAGAAUGAUCUGCGCCAAGUUGAUCUCUCUGACAAUAAUAUUUCUGGAAAGUUUCCUUCUUGGCUGUUGGCGAACAAUACCAAACUCGAAAGUUUGCUUCUACAGAAUAAUUCCUUAACCAGCUUUCAACUACCAAAAGCUGCUCACAAUCUACUUUUCCUGGAAGUGUCAGUUAAUGAAUUCAAUCAGCUCUUACCAGAUAACAUUGGGUGGAUACUUCCUCGUUUAAAGUUCAUGAAUCUUGCUAACAACAGUUUUCAAGGAUAUAUGCCAUCUUCUUUUGGUAACAUGGAAAUGAUUGAAUAUAUGGAUAUAUCUCGCAACGGAUUUGACGGAGAUCUAGCAUCUUCUCUCGGUAACAUGGAAAAGAUUGAAUAUAUGGAUAUAUCUCACAACAAUUUCCAUGGGAAGCUACCAAAACGUUUUCUUAACGGUUGUUAUUCUUUGGUAAUCUUGAAGCUUUCACAUAACAAACUAAGUGGUGAGAUUUUUCCAGAAUCAACAAACUUCACUCGUGUAUCUCUUCUAUCUAUGGAUAACAAUCUGUUCACAGGAAAGAUUGGACAAGGUUUACGGAGAUUGAGAUCAUUGCGAGAGCUUGACAUCUCCAACAACAAACUCACGGGUGUUAUUCCAAGUUGGAUUGGCGAACUUCCAUCCUUAAAUGCAUUACUGCUUCCAAACAACUCGUUGGAAGGUGACAUACCUGUUUCCUUGUUUAACACAUCAUAUCUGAAGCUAAUAGACCUCUCUGCAAAUAAUUUAUCUGGGGGCAUACCUCCAUACGUCAGCUCUGAAUAUGGGGCAAAGUUAUUCCUGCAAGACAAUAAUUUAUCAGGGGUUAUUCCAGAAACAUUGCUUACACAUGUCGAUGUACUUGAUCUGAGAAAUAACAGAUUGUCUGGGAAUAUUCCGGAGUUCACCAGCAUCCAAGAGAUCCGUAUUCUUCUUCUACGAGGGAACAAUUUAACAGGCCAUAUUCCUCGGCACUUGUGUGCCAACAUUCAACUUCUUGAUCUUGCUAACAACAGAUUAAAUGGAUCUAUAUCUUCAUGUCUUAGCAAUAAUACGUCACUUGGUUUGGGAAACGAGGAUUAUACGUCAUAUGCUGAUGCAGUUGAAGUCUUCCCUGACUCUGAUACUGAAACGGACUACACAGAAGAUGUAGAUUUGAAAUAUAGGCGUACGCUAGGUCGACAGAAUGGAACUAGCUACGAUGCAGCCACCAAGACGAAGAUUGAGUUUGCAACAAAACACAGAUAUGAUGCCUACAAGGGUGGAAAUCUCGAAUUAUUGUUUGGGAUUGAUCUCUCAGAAAAUGAGCUGAGCGGUGAGAUCCCUGUAGAGCUUGGAGAUCUUCUGCAACUACUUUCUCUCAAUCUUUCUCACAACAACUUAUCAGGUGUGAUACCAGAAAGCUUCUCACGUUUGGAGAAUGUGGAAAGCCUUGAUCUUUCCUUCAACCGACUACAAGGCAGGAUCCCGCCACAACUAACUGAUCUGAGCAGCCUAGCUGUGUUCAAUGUCUCAUACAACAACUUAUCGGGAGUCAUUCCACAGGGGAAACAGUUUAACACCUUCGACACGCGAAGCUACUUAGGUAAUCCUCUUUUUUGUGGGAAACCAACCAACCUAAGCUGCGAGAGCAAUAGCUUUCAAGAACCAGAUCAUGGAGUGGAAGCUGAUGAAUUCACAACCGACAUGGGAUCUUUCUACUGGAGUUUUGCAGCAGCCUAUGUGACCAUACUUAUUGGGAUACUCGCAUCACUCUCUUUUGAUUCUCCUUGGAGCAGAGCUUGGUUCUACAUCGUUGAUACUUUCGUCCUCAAGGUUAGGAAUUUGUUGUGUUAAAACACUGCAUGUGCCCCAUGCAUGUUCUUACGUGCUAGUUUCAGUGUCGUCCGCAUCUGUUGUUCUUCUCAAACCUACUGCUGUGUUUCACAAAACCAGAACAUAACUUAUGUUUUGGUUCCUCUGUACUGUCUUUUGCCUUUGAAUAAAUGAAAUGCCUCAUACA